CGGCGCUAGCCCUUUCAGUAGGUUGGCUAGCCGCUGUGACGCUGCUGCAAUCCGCCGCGUCGGGGAACUUCGAUCCGUUCGACCCCCCCGUGCGAUAACCGGCCGUUAGGAGCAUAUAUACCCCUCGUAUAUGUGUUUAUCAUGAUAGAGGUUGACUGAACGCGUCGCUGUUUUUAGGUCUCACCGCGGAUGCUUGUGACCGAUUUGGCGGGACCGGGCAAGACCGACGAUACGGCGAGCUAAAAGGGCUAACGCGGCUAACGCGAAAAGAAAUUAGCUCCGUUCCUUCACUUCCCGUCGGCAGGCAGCUAACCCCAGCUAGCUUGGCAGGCUAACCGCCGCUGUCAUGGAAGACAAUUCCUUCACUAAAGAGUUGGACCAGUGGAUCGAACAGCUAAACGAGUGUAAGCAGCUAACGGAGAACCAAGUCAGGACGCUCUGCGAAAAGGCUAAAGAGAUUCUGACCAAGGAGUCUAACGUCCAGGAGGUGCGAUGCCCGGUCACGGUGUGUGGCGAUGUGCACGGUCAGUUCCACGACCUGAUGGAGCUGUUCAAGAUCGGUGGAAAGUCCCCAGACACCAACUACCUGUUUAUGGGUGACUACGUGGACAGAGGAUACUACUCAGUGGAGACUGUCACGCUGCUCGUCACGCUAAAGGUGCGUUUCCAGGAGCGAAUCACCAUCCUGCGUGGUAACCAUGAGUCACGGCAGAUCACGCAAGUCUAUGGCUUCUACGAUGAGUGCCUGAGGAAGUACGGUAAUGCCAACGUCUGGAAGUACUUCACAGACCUGUUCGACUACCUGCCACUCACUGCCCUCGUAGACGGACAGAUCUUCUGUCUCCAUGGAGGUCUCUCUCCCUCCAUAGAUACUCUGGAUCACAUACGAGCCCUAGACCGCCUGCAGGAGGUCCCACAUGAGGGUCCAAUGUGUGAUCUGUUGUGGUCAGACCCAGAUGACCGUGGUGGUUGGGGGAUCUCUCCUCGUGGUGCUGGCUACACCUUUGGCCAGGAUAUCUCUGAAACCUUCAACCAUGCCAAUGGCCUCACUCUGGUGUCCCGUGCCCAUCAGCUGGUCAUGGAGGGUUAUAACUGGGGCCAUGAUAAGAAUGUGGUGACCAUCUUCAGUGCUCCGAACUACUGCUAUCGCUGUGGAAACCAGGCAGCCAUCAUGGAACUGGAUGAUACCCUCAAAUACUCUUUCCUUCAGUUUGACCCCGCCCCUCGUCGCGGUGAGCCCCACGUGACCAGACGCACUCCUGACUACUUCCUGUGAAUGUCCAAAGCCAACCCUGUCAAUCAUCCAUGAAGACCCAUCCCCUAUGAUUAAUCUAAAGAAAAGAAAUUGUAACAGGGAGACUAGACAUGCGAUUGGCUGAUAAACGGAUAAUUAAAAAAAAAAAAAACUUAAGGAACAAUGCCCCCCCCUACAGUUGUGUUUUGAAUAUGCUGUCAUAAUGCUGUGCUUCUGGGCAACACAAACACCAUUAAUAUGAUUCUUUGAAGAUAUGUUUUUCUUCUUGUUUUAGUACAUGUUUGGAAAUGAUUGAGAUGAUACAGCUACCAACGUGGACCAAAUGUGCCAUAUUCUGAUCCUUUACAACAUGUUCAGCUCUUUGUUUUAGACCAGCAAUAUAACUUUACCUACCUGACACCAUCACAUCUCAUCACAUAUGUGCUUCUUUUCUGUUGCAAAAUAAAUUUCCAAAAAAAAAAACCACAAAAAAAAAGAAAAAAAUUAAUUACUUAAUGUAGUACAGGUGUUCAGGCUGCAGCCGGUGGUCAUCUCAGCAAGUACAAUACUGUAAUUUGAAUAAAGACUACGGACGUAUGAAUAAAAUGUCCUAUUGACAAA